AUGAAUGCUAUUACUACCUUGCAGCCACCAUUACAAUUAAGUGAUUGGAGAACGAGUGAUUUGAACGAAGAACUCCCAUUGAACGACAAGCAAAAAGAAAUUCCAACAUCGGCACAAUCUAUCUCUCGUCAAUUUUCACCUAACUCUAAUCUUAACGACUGGAGUAAUGACACUGGUCAUGCUGAAGAAAAUAGAAUGCAAAAUGAUCGUAGAAAAAUUGGAUCAAAUCAUUGCUGUACAUGGUGGCUUCGAGGUUUUUUACUUGGUUCUCUAUUAGCUGGAUUAGUAUUGGCUAUUAUAGUCACACUUUGGUUAACGUCCGGAAAAACAACCACUAGUUCUAGUACUAUAAAAGUAACGUCUACAUCAAUUACAUCGACAACUUCUACAUCAGCUACAUCGACAACUUCUACAUCAACCACUUCGACAACUUCAUCGACAACUUCAUCGACAACUACAUCGACAACUUCUACGUCGACUACAUCGACAACUACAUCGAUAACUACAUCAACAACUUCAUCGACAACUUCAUCAACUACAUCGACAACUACAUCGACAACUUCGACGUCAACUACCACUGCAACUCCAACAUGUUCGUUUAUUAAAACAUAUUUACUUCAAUAUAGAUCUAAACGAAUAUUUCGAAUAAUUCUUUUAGGUGCAACUUGGACAUGGGAUACAAAUGGUGUAACAGUAGCUGGACUUACUGGCUCAUCAGGUAGUAACUCCAGUCAAUUAAAUUCACCAUGGAAUAUCUAUGUUGAUCCAACAAAUAGUGCUCUUUAUAUUGCCGACUCUCAAAAUCAUCGUAUUCAGCGAUGGUUAUCAGGAGCAACGAGCGGUACAACAAUUGUUGGUACUGGCACUCAAGGUUCAGGUGCAACUUCUCUCAAUACACCGAGAGAUGUCUUUAUUGAUUCAUCACAAAAUAUUUAUGUUGCUGAUUCGGGCAACAACCGAAUACAAUAUUUUCCCAACGGUAGCACAACAGGAUUGACAGUUUCAUCAAGCUGGGCUUCUCAUGGUUCAUUGUGGGGAGUUCAAGUCGUUAAUAAUGCAAUCUAUGCUUGCGAUAAUUCUAACUCAGCUAUCUGGAAAAAUGGAUCAGCAGUAGCUGGUAACCAAGGAACAGGUGCCGGUGCCAAUAAACUUAAUCAACCACAAGGCUUUACUGUUGACACAUCGGUCGCCGUAGGUACUGUUUAUGUUGUAAAUUCACAACAGCAUACAAUAGUACAAUGGUUAGUAGGUGCUACAACCGGAACUGUAGUGGCAGGUGUUGACGGCGUAUCUGGCAGUGAUUCAACCCAUCUCACAUAUCCUGUUUCUAUUAAACUUGAUUCAUAUACUAAUAUGUUUGUCGUCGACAACAAUAACCAUCGUAUUCAACUUUUCUGUCGAUAUCCAAUAGUUAAUACAACUGCACGUACUAUUGCUGGAACGGGUGUAUCGGGACAGACAUCUCAAACACUCACUUUUCCAGCAGGAAUCGCCCUAGAUGCAUCACUUAACUUAUAUGUUUCAGACACAAGUAAUCAUCGCGUACAAAAAUUCCAGCGUCUUCUCUAA